UCUACAUUAGUCAACAAAUUUGUAAUUUAUUUUUUGUUUGUUCAACCUCAAAAACAACAUUAAUGAUUGGCAUAUGAAAUAUUGAAUUUUUCCAAACAACAAACAAAUUAUGGAAGAAACUGGACGUGCAACACCUGCAAGUGGCGGUGUUGGCAGCAACAGCGGGGGUGGUGGUAGCAAACCGGCAACACCUAUUCCAACCCCAUCACCUCCCACAUCCUCAUCAUCAAUCAAUCAUUCAUCAUCGGCAUCAUCACCAUCGAUGGUAUCAACAUCUAUACCGACUUCAUCAUCUUCGGUAUUAUCAUCAGCCACUAGUCAUCCACAACAACAACAGCAAACACAAGCACGUUAUGGUGGCUAUGCACCUUAUGGUGGUGGACAAAUGAUGCCUCCACAUCCGGGAAAUUUACAUCAUCCAAGUAGUGGUGCUGUUGGCGGCGGUGGAUAUCCACCCCCGCCAUCGCAGCAUCCAUCAAGUAAUUAUGGGCCACCACCGCCACAUCAUCAAUCUCAUCAUCCGCAUCAACAUCAUCCACAAUAUUCACCAAUGCCACCAAUGAUGAUGCCACCACCUAGUCAAUAUCCUGGCGGUGGUCCUCCAGGCAAUAGACCUCCAGUAUCAAGUGGUGGUCCACCCGGAACACAACCACCACCGCCACAACCUCCUCCUUCUCAACAACAACAGCAACAUAUGCCGUCUGCAUAUGGAAAUUAUGGUCCUCCUUCGUCGCAUCAUAGAAUGUCUGGACCGCCACCUCCAGGACCACCCCUAGGAUCGCAUCAUCCACCACCUGGAUCAUCGGCAGGGAAUAUUGCGCCAUAUUAUUCAAUGAGACAUCCGCAUCCACAAAUGUCACCGCAUCAGCAACAACAACAGGCACAAAUGAAUAAAAAUUAUGUCGGAUAUCCGCCUCCACCACCUCCGCAUCCUUCAAGUGUUUAUGGUCCACCACCACCAAAUCACCAUCCCAAUUCCUCGAUACCACCCCAUGGCCAGCCUGGUGGACAUUCGAUUCAUCCACCACCGCCUCAUGGACAUCCACAAUCGAUGCCACCUCAAGCCAAUUCACCGGCAUCAAUGCUUUCUGGUUCUGGUGGUGGCCAUCAUUCGCCGCAUCACCAUCAACAUGCAAAUGUUUAUGGUGCGAAUGAAUCAUCCCAAUCGAAUAAUCCAAAUAACAUAACCAAUAAUGGUGCUCAUUCUCAACAUCAUCACCAUCACCAUCAUCAAAGGUUACAGCCACAGCCACCGCCAAUAAUGGAUGAAGUAAGCCAAACCUCGACAGCAUCAUCACAGGAUCGUGCCGAUGAUUCUUGUGCAUCCGCCGAUAUACAAUCCUCGUCCUCAUCAUCGACGCCACAUAAUAGUAAUUCCAAUAGUAAUACCAGUACAGCGACAGCAAAUGUCAGUAAUAAUAAAUCGCAUAAUGCUAAAUCGGCACAUCAUCCAUCAUCACAAAUGCUGCAUGCAACCACGCCAAAUACAUCCAAUCUUGGAUCGCCAGGUGCAGCAUCAUUAUCAUCAUUUCACGAUGAUUUCGAUUCAGUAUCCAGUCCUAGUUGGCCACGAACUCCGGCCCCAUCAUCACCGGCAAUCAACAGUGGAAACAAUUCACAAUAUUCAGUUGGUGGUGAUACUGUCCAUAUUACUGCACAUAAUUCAAAGCGACCUGACAAUGUACAAAAGUUAUAUGAGAUGUCUGAUGAUCCUGAUCGCAAACCAUUUUUAGAUAAAUAUUUUCAAUUUCUCGAUGAAUGCGGCAAACCAUUGAAUCAGGUGCCGACCAUAAGCAAAGUUCCGGUCGAUCUCUUUCGACUUUAUAUGUUGGUGAAAGAACGUGGUGGUUACCUGGAAGUGACCAAUUCCAAAAUGUGGAAAGAUUGUGCUCAAUUAUGUAAUAUUGCCAAUUCCUCAAGUGCAUCAUAUACACUUCGCAAACAAUAUAUGAAGCAUUUGUUAGCAUUCGAAUGCAAGUUUGAUCGUGGUGGUAUUGAUGUUGGCCCAUUAUUGGCUGCAGCGGAUGCAUCGAAUGUUAACCGCAAAAAAUCGACCACUGCACAAUCCAAAUUAACUAAUUCUGGUCGUUCCACACCAACUACAUCUCGUCUUUCACCAAAUGAUUCACCAUCUAAUAGUGGUGGUGGUGUGCCUGGUCCACCUCCAGGGCAACCUGGACCAUAUCAUCCUGGGCAUCAUCCUGGUGGCCAUCCACAACAUCAAGGUAUGCAUCCUGGUUAUCCUCCGCCACCCCAACCCGAUAUGGAUCAAAACAAUUAUGGACCAAACGGACCGGGAAAUGCAUCUCCAUAUCAUCAUCCACAUUCACAACAAGGACCAUAUCCACCUCCACCGCCACCUCAUCAUCCUUCUCAUCCGGAUUAUCCUCAUCACAAUUCACAGCAACAAACGCCAUAUGGUGGUCCCCCGCCACCAAAUUCAACGGCCGGUCCAAAUCAUCAUCAUCAUCCUCAACAUCAUCCUUCUCAUCAUCCACAUCAUGCCAAUAAUAUUGGCAAUCAUGAAAGUGUUAGCGCUAAAGAUCCAUUUGCUGAUGAAGAUACUGCUGCUGUUUCAUCAUCAUCAUCUUCAUCAUCCCCGGCUCGUGGGCCCAAAUCUGCAACCGCUGCGCAACAGCCUCCACCUCCACAACCACAACCACCACCUGGUCAUCAAUACGGAUCCGCAAGACAGCCCCAACAUUAUCCACCGAUGCCAAAUGCUACAGGAUCAUUUUAUGGCCAUACAAGUGGUCCACCGCCCAAUUCAGGACCACCUCCACCUCAUUCAAACAGUGGUUAUCCACCGCCACCACCUCAUCCUUCUCCUUCGGAUGUUCCACCGGGUCAUGGUUAUGGUCCAAAUCCUGAUCAACCGCCGCCACAUUAUCCACAACGAUCGAAUUCAGCAGCACCUGAAGGUGCACCGCCACCGCCUCCAAAUAGCGGAGGUGGUAAUCAAAGUCCUUAUGGAUCACGUAUGACACCGGGCAUGAAUGGUCCAAUGAUGCAUCCUCAACAUCAUCCACAUGCAUCUUAUUAUGGUCAUGGUGGUUAUGGUCCCCAACAACAGCCGCCAUAUGCAAGCAAUGAAUCUGCAAACGGACCACAUCCGCCACCCCCACCACCAUCGCCAUCAAUGGCACGUAAUUCAUAUGAACAACAUCAUAGUCAACAUAGUGGUUAUCCACCACCACCACCACCACCUGGUAGUCAUCGAUAUCCUUUGCCUAACAAUACUGGUGGUGCAUCUGGUCAAUAUCCAAACAGAUCACCAUAUGGACAGCCACCGCCACCUUCUCACCCACAUAGCUCAUCCAAUGCAAAUGUCAGCUCUGGACCGCCACCAGGUCCCGCAAACAGUGGACCACCCCCGACAUCACAACAACAAUCGCCAUAUCCACCAAAUACUCCAGGAUCUCAGGAUGGUGGUUCACCAUAUCCACCACCGCCACAAUCUUUGCCAUCAUCUGGCAAUAAAACAUCCGAACCUUAUAACAGUGCCAUACGCAUGCAAAGUCCACUUGCACAACGUUUAUUAGCGGCAAAAUUAUCACAAAAUUCUGCUGCUCAAGCUGCUACUGCUGCUGCUGCUGUUGUUUCUACUUCUGGUUCCACUUCUUCUAGCACCAGUGGUACAGCAGCAUCACCUGUUGUACCCACAUCGGUAGCCAAUAAUAAUGCUGCCGGGACUGCUCCACAACAACAACCGCAGCCAAAUAAUGUUGUGACCACCAAUGCCAACAGCAAUACCGGCAGCAGUAACAGCAACAACAGCAGUAAUAAUCCGAAUAUUCCCCAUCCAUCACAAGGAUUUGGACAGAAUUCGUAUGGUUCCUCGUCAAAUAAUAUCAGUGCAGCUGCUAGUUCGCCAACACCAUCAACCAAUUCGGGUAAACCAAUCACAAGUUCAGCAAUGCAAGCACAAACAAAUAUAUCAUGGAUGUCAACACAAAACAUACGCUAUCCACAAUCGAAAAGACAUCCAGAUUUCGCUAAACAAACACCUGAAUCUGGCAGUUACAGUGGAUCACCAUCGCCGUAUCCACCACCACCGCCAUCUUCAUCCCAAAUUUAUUCAAAUUCCACAACCGGUAGUCCACAUCCACAUGGUCGCAAUAGUGGACCUCCACCUGGAUCAUCUCCACCAAGUGCUGCUGCUGCUGGCUGGGUUGGUCGUGAUAAUUAUCGUAUGCCUGCUGGUCAACAUUCAUCGGGCAGUUUUUAUCCACAACAUCCUGGCUACCCAGGAAAUUCAACCAGUCCACAUGGUGGACAACAACGUGAUUCGAUUCCAGGCGGUUGGCAUGAUCAACGUGCUGGUCCACCUCCAUCAUCUUCGUCAUCGACCGGAUCAUCAUCGGCCACACCAUCAAACAAUUCAAUGGAUUCACCAAUGACUACUGCACAUUGGUCAUCUAAUCGAUAUCCACCAGGCAGCGGUGGUAAUUCUGGUUAUGGCCCUCCUGAAUUUGGUUCCCAACCCCAUUUUGCACCCGGUUCAGCACAAGCUGGUAAAAUGAUGACACCUGGACAAUAUAGUAUGCGUACUGUGCCACCACCACCUCCCUCGCAAACUGCUCAACAAACUACUGAUCCGUCACCAGCAUCAUCGAGAUCUGGUUUCGGUCCAAUGUCACAUGCAAUUAAUAAUGGCACCAACAAUAAUUCAAUUCCACCGGGAACUGGAGCAAAAAUGAUGAAUUCCGGAUCUCAUGCAUUUGCUAAUCAAUAUCCACCACCACCACCAACAAGUGGAUCAUAUGGUUCCAAUUCUGGUCCUGCUGGUCAUCAUCAUCACCAUCACCAUUCUGGCCAACUGAUACGAUCACAACGUGCCAAUGAAUUAUCACAACAACAUCAACAAGCACCACCCCCUACCGCAAUUUUUCCACCCAAUUCUGUGGAAGCAACUGUACCGAUACCAUCGAAACGACGUAAACUGAUGGCUCGUGAUAUCGCGCCGGUUGAUGCAUGGCGUGUUUAUAUGGCCCUUAAAUCCGGUCUUUUAGCCGAAUCAACAUAUGCAUUGGAUGUAUUGAAUGUUAUUUCCAAUGAUGAUAUCAGUUUAUUAUUUCUCAGUUUGCCAAACAUGCCCGGGUUGCUUGACGUACUACUCGAACACUAUCGACGUUAUCUUAAUGAAAUGUUCGAUUCUAUGCUUGAUGAUAUUGAAAUUGGCUAUGAAGAUCGUCUCAAACAGCAAAAACAAUUGACCAAUGCAAAUCUGAACGGGGAAUCCAAAUCACAUUCGAAUGAUAAUGAUAGUCAUUCAAACAAACUUAAAUGGUAUGAGGUAGAUCGCGAUCGAAAGGAUGAACAGGAUCAUCUUCUAUUGAAUGAUGUUGAUGAUGAUAUUGAAGGAUUUUUGGAUCGUAAAUUUAAAUUGAAUGGACGACCCAAAUUAACGUUGUUUCAGGAUCAAACCAAUAAUUAUACCAAUAUAACACGAAACGGUAAAACUGUUAAAGUUAAAAAAGAUAAAAAUCUCUUCAUUAUGGAUUACGACAAACAAUGGGAUCCCAGUGGCAAUGGUUUCCUCACCAAACAAGAACAUUGGCUUAAAGGUGGCGGCGAAACCACCACUCAUAUUCAAUCGCACAUGGAACCCAAAGAAAGAUAUCUUCGUUUUUGUCGACUCAUCACCAAACAACAACAAGACAAUCAUGAUGAUGAUGAUGAUGAUGUGGAAAUAGUUGAACAAAAUGGUGAAAAUUGUGAAAAUAAUCAUCAUACAAAUGGACAUGAAUCCGAUCAAAUGAAUGAUGAUAAAGAUAAAGAUAACAAUGAUAACAAUGAUGAUGAUGAUCAAUAUCCAAAAAUCCAUCCAACUGAUCGUGAACGAUAUUGGAAACGUUUACAUCAACCAGAUUUCGAAGAUGAAUCAUAUGAUCAAGAAGAGCCGGCUGUCUGUACUGGACGUGAAUAUCAAGAUUCAAUUAAAAGUCGAUGUUUGACUGUAUCGAAUUUGAUAAGAAAUUUGACAUUUGUACCGGGUAACGAUAUCGAAAUGUGUCGUAGUUCGUGUCUGUUACUCAUUCUGUCGAGAUUAAUACUAUUGCAUCAUGUGCAUGCAUUGAAAAAGAAACGUAAAAUUUCCGAAAUUGAUUGCACAAAAAUUGUGGCCAAUCGUUUGGACGAGGAAACAAUGUUCAAUUUGAUUGAUGAAAAAUGUGAUUCGGAUGAUGCUCGUUGCGAUAAAUCGGACUGUAUGAUGGAUUGCGGUCCGGAAAAAGAAUGGUGGUGGGAAGCAUUGCAUUUGAUACGUGAAAAUACAAUGGUGACAUUGGCCAAUAUCAGUGGCCAAUUAGAUCUAUCAUCCUUUCCUGAAUCGAUUACACUUGCCUUAUUGGAUGGUCUGUUACACUGGGCAAUUUGUCCAUCAUCGUAUGCACAGGAUGCAUUUCCAUCGGCACCCAAUACAUUAUCGCCACGUCGUUUAGCGUAUGAGGCAUUAUCCAAACUAUCCAUCUAUGAAUCGAAUGUUGAUCUCAUACUCGCUACACCACCAUGGACAAGAAUUGAAAAAUUUUUGAAAAACUUGACCCGUUCGCUUGUUCGUAAUGAGGAUCAGACUAUUCGCGAAUUUUCUAUCGUUCUCAUAUCCAAUUUUGCAACAGCCGAUCCAUCUGUUGUUCGUGUGAUAGCAUUGAGUGGUUAUUCCGUAUCAUUAUUAUUGGGUUUUAUCGAACAAGCUGAACAAAGUGCUCUAGGUAUUGCUAAUGCACAUGGUAUACAAUAUCUUCGCGAAAAUUUCGAUGCUAUCGGCACAACACCUGAUAUGGUGAGACGUGCUGCAACUAUAUUGCGAACAUUGGCACGUUAUUCCGAGAAUCGUUCAUUAUUCAUUCAACAUGAACAAAGAUUAUUGUCAUUAAGUAUGUCACAAAUAUUGGACACAUCCAUUUCAUCAAUCAUAGCCGAUAUUCUCUAUGAAUGUUCAUUUGAAACUAUCAUCAAUAAUUAUUGCACGAAAGAAGCUAAUCUACCACCACAAGAAAUGACAACUAAUUGAUAAUUGUAUCAAUGCAUCAAUGUAACAAUGUAUCAAUGUGUACAUACACCCACACCAACACAUCUUAUCUCAUUCAAUGCAUUUAUUUG